CCCUCUCUCCACUCCGGUUCCAACCCGAGCACACAUGCGGGCUGUGCUGAUGAGGCUCCGCCGCCGCGGUCAUUCAGGUCGCUCCGGGGCCGCUCCAUGGAAACACGCCGACCACGCUCCCGCCACCAACAACAGAUAAACAAACAAACAAAAGAGGAAGCAGCGGCAAGAAGAAGAAGAAGAAGAAGAAAAAAGUGCCCGUGUGCAUGGGAAUCCGGACUGGUCUGCCUCCCCUCCACCACCACCACCACCACCACCUCCUCCUCCUCCUCCUCCUCCUCCUCCUCCUCCUCCGACUUGUGUGCGCCUUCGCUCGGGGGCUCCGUCCGCCGCCUCGGUGGUUAUAAGAGGAGCUCCACUCGGCUCACCUCCACUCCAAUCGCCUCAACAGCUCCCACGGAAGGUUCAACAACCUCAUUGAUCGUCACCUCACGUCUCUGAUCCGGACGUCAACAUGGCUCUGAGGCUGUCAGUCAUCUCCCUCGUGCUGCUUGUCAGACUUCAGCCUUUGCUGGCCGGCGCUCCCCCCGAGCCUAGCUUAGGCGGCUCAGUGUCGGUGGUGUCCGCCAAUAAGACGGACUGCAGCAAGGCGGCGGAAUGCUUGCCCGGUGUCAUGCUGCCCGUGUGGGAGCCGAUGAACCCGUCUUUUGGCGACAAAGUGGCCCGGGCGACCGUGUACUUUGUAGCUCUGGUGUACAUGUUCCUGGGCGUGUCCAUCAUCGCUGAUCGCUUCAUGGCAUCUAUCGAGGUCAUCACCUCCCAGGAGAAGGAGAUCACCAUCAAGAAACCCAACGGCGAAACCAGUACCACCACGGUGCGCAUCUGGAACGAGACGGUGUCCAACCUCACUCUCAUGGCUCUGGGCUCCUCGGCUCCAGAGAUCCUGCUGUCCGUCAUCGAGGUGGUGGGCCACGGAUUCAACGCCGGGACCCUGGGCCCCUCCACCAUCGUGGGUUCGGCAGCCUUCAACAUGUUCGUCAUUAUCGGGAUUUGCGUUUGGGUGGUGCCUGACGGCGAGACCAGGAAGGUGAAGCACCUGCGGGUGUUCUUCGUCACCGCUUCCUGGAGCAUCUUUGCCUACAUCUGGCUCUACUUGAUCCUGUCGGUCAUCUCGCCCGGCGUGGUUCAGGUGUGGGAGGCCCUGCUCACCUUCUUCUAUUUCCCCAUCUGCGUUGUAUUCGCCUGGAUAGCCGACCGCCGCCUGCUCUUCUACAAGUACGUGUACAAGCGCUACAGGACGGGCAAGCAGCGUGGCAUGAUUAUCGAGACCGAAGGCGACCGGCCGCUUCCUUCUAAGGUGGACAUCGAGAUGGACGGCAAGAUGCUCAACUCUCACGGCGUGGACUUCCUGGACGGCCCGCUGGGUUUGGAUAUCGACGAGAAGGACCUGGAUGAGGAGGAGACCCGCAGAGACAUGGCCAAGAUUCUCAAGGAGCUCAAGCAGAAGCACCCUGACAAAGAGGUGGAGCAGCUAAUAGAGCUGGCCAACUAUCAGGUCCUGAGCCAGCAGCAGAAGAGUCGGGCUUUCUAUCGGUGCCAGGCCACCCGACUCAUGACGGGCGCGGGCAACAUCUUGAAGAAGCACGCCGCCGACCAGGCGCGCAAGGCCGUGAGCAUGCACGAGGUGCGCUCCGACGCCGGCGACAACGACCCCGUCUCCAAGGUGUUCUUCGAACCAGCCACCUACCAAUGCCUGGAAAACUGCGGCACAGUGGCGGUGAAUGUCCUGCGGCGCGGCGGCGACCUGACCAAGACCAUUUCCGUGGAGUACCGGACCGAGGACGGGACGGCCAACGCUGGCUCAGACUAUGAGUUCACUGAGGGCGUGGUGGUGUUCAAACCUGGCGAGACAGCCAAGGAGAUCCGCGUGGGAAUCAUUGACGAUGACAUCUUCGAGGAGGAUGAGAACUUCCUGAUCCACCUGUCCAACGUUAAAGUUCUGGCCUCAGAGGGCGGGGAGGCCACGGAGGAUGAGUCAGCCAACCACGUGGACUCUGUGGCCUGUCUGGGCCUGCCAGCCACGGCCACCGUUACCAUCUUCGACGACGACCACGCAGGUAUCUUCACGUUCGAGGAGCCCGUUUUCCACGUGAGCGAGAGCGUGGGCACCAUGGAGGUGAAGGUGCUGAGGACGUCGGGCGCCCGCGGUGUGGUCACACUGCCCUACAAGACGGUGGAGGGCACGGCGCGGGGCGGCGGCGAGGACUUUGAGGACGUGCACGGUGUGCUAGAGUUCCAGAACGACGAGAUCUUGAAGAGCAUAACGGUUAGGAUCUUAGACCGUGAGGAGUACAAUAAGCAGUCCUCCUUCUCCAUUCUGCUUCAAGCCCCCCAGUGGAGGAGAUGCAACAGGACAGAUUGGACAGAGGAGAAGCAGAAGCAAGAGGAAGCGGAGGAAGUUGCAGAGGAAGAAAAGGCCCUGACGGGGAAGGACGAGGAGGAGAGGCGCAUCGCCGAGAUGGGUCGGCCCAUGCUGGGAGAUCACGUCAAACUGGAGGUGGUCAUCGAAGAAUCCUACGAGUUCAAGAACACCGUUGACAAACUGAUAAAGAAGACCAAUCUGGCUCUGCUGGUGGGGACUAACAGCUGGAGAGACCAGUUCAUAGAGGCCAUCACUGUGAGCGCAGGCGAGGACGACGAGGACGACGAGUGCGGCGAGGAGAAGCUGCCGUCUUGCUUCGACUACGUGAUGCACUUCCUCACCGUCUUCUGGAAAGUCCUGUUCGCCUUCGUGCCGCCCACCGACUACUGGAACGGCUGGGCGUGCUUCGUCGUGUCCAUCUGCAUGAUCGGACUGCUCACCGCCGUCAUCGGCGACCUGGCGUCUCACUUCGGCUGCACGGUGGGCCUGAAGGACUCGGUCACCGCCGUGGUGUUUGUCGCGUUGGGAACGUCGGUACCAGACACGUUUGCCAGCAAGGUGGCGGCCAUCCAGGAUCAGUACGCCGACGCCUCCAUUGGCAACGUGACGGGCUCGAAUGCCGUCAAUGUGUUCCUGGGCAUCGGGGUGGCGUGGUCCAUCGCCGCCAUCUACCACCAGAGCAACGGCAACGAGUUCCGGGUGGACCCGGGCAAGCUGGCCUUCUCCGUCACGCUUUUCACCAUCUUUGCCUUCAUCUGCGUCGCCAUGCUGAUGUACCGGCGGCGGCCCGAGAUCGGCGGCGAGCUGGGCGGGCCGCGGACUGCCAAGGUGCUGACCACCAUGCUGUUCGUCAGCCUGUGGCUCCUCUACAUCCUCUUCUCCUCGCUGGAAGCCUACUGCCACAUCCAGGGCUUCUAGGAUGGCGAAAAAGCCGGUCCAAGGGGGAUUUUUAG